GUCUGCCGAGUCCCCCUCAGCUGCUGGAGCCCUGAAUGUUGACUGUAAGAGUUUGUUGGAUUUAUUAGUUCGCCCGGAGGAAGAAAAUAGUAUCCACUUCCAGCACCGAUAAAAAUAGACAUAUCGAAGAAAGAAGCUCAUCUUUAGCGCUGAUGUAAAGCAGCUCGAGGUCAAAGGUCACAGACUGCCGUUCUCCCUCCUACAUCUGAACCAAGAGCCAUUAAACAGGUACAUAUGGGGCAGGGUGAGGUUUCAGCUCGAGGCUCAGCCAUGGAGGGGGACUGCCUCAGCUGUAUGAAGUACCUCAUGUUCAUCUUCAACUUCUUCAUCUUUCUGGGCGGCUCCUUCCUGCUGGGCGUGGGCAUCUGGGUGCUGGUGGACCCGAUGGGCUUCAGGGAGAUCGUGGCGGCGAACCCGCUGCUGUUCACCGGCGUCUACGUCAUCCUCGCCAUGGGCAGCAUGCUCUUCCUGCUCGGCUUCCUCGGCUGCUGCGGUGCCAUCCGCGAGAACAAAUGUCUGCUGCUGUUUUUCUUCAUGCUGAUCCUCUUCAUCUUCCUGGCCGAGCUGGCGGCCGCCAUCCUGGCCUUCCUCUUCAGGGAACACCUAACCAGAGAGUACUUCAGCAGGGAGCUGAAGCGUCACUACCAAGGUCACAACAACACCGACGUCUUCACGUCCACAUGGAACGCCAUCAUGACCACGUUUGACUGCUGCGGUGUGAGCGGUCCUGAGGACUUUGAGGAGAGCCUCUUCAGGCUCCUCAGCCCAGCCAAGAUGGUCCCUGAGGCCUGCUGCCAGAGGAGCAGCUUCCCCGGAGAGGUCUUCAUGGAGCAGUGUGUGAGCGGCAGCGUGGUCUUCAGACACAACAAGGGCUGUUACUCUGCGAUGGUCGACUACUUUGAGACGUACAUUUACACAGCAGGAGCUCUGGCCAUUGUGGUGCUGACUAUUGAGCUCUUCGCCAUGGUGUUCGCCAUGUGUCUGUUCAGAGGCAUCCAGUAACGAUCAUCAGCAGCCGUCAGAGAGGCUCCACGCAGGAGGAAAACAAGAACUGUAAAAUAUGAAAUGUAUUUGUACAGUGAUAGUGUAUGUGUCUCAUUGGUUUCGUGACAUCAUUUUGUACUUCACAGCAGCAGCAGCGAGGCGUUUGAGGUGCUGCUCUGGGCACAAUAGACACACACAGGAAGUCAUCCACUGUCCUCACUGUUUCCUCAAACAUAAAGGAAUAACACUGGUGCUAAGAGCUCAACACGGAGGGAGAACUGAUGUCUAGAUCCAGGACCAGCCUGAGCCCCAGAGCUGGAAACACACGUGAUUUAUCUCCUGAUUAUAACCUCAGUGAUCACGGAGAGUCAGCACAAACAGUUCAGGUACAAUCAGCACAGAGCUCGCAUUAGCAUUAGCUUGCAGUGAGCCUCAGAAGCUUCAGGAUUAAAACAGAAUGUGAAUCAGAACACAUCGGGCCUCCUGCAGGAACACACUGUUCUCUUCAGAAACCCUCACAAGCAGUUUCAGGCCGCUUUUUGCUCUUUUUACAUUUCCCUUACUGUGUCCUUGUAUUUCACUGCAAUAUAUAAAAUCAAUAUAAAUCUAAAGUCUUGCAGCUCUAUAGAAUCAGCACAAUCAUGGCUAGAACCUGAAACAUGUCUUUGUGCAGAAUAACACAGUUAUAGUGACAUAAAUCAUAAAAAAAGAAAAAGAACAAGUUGAAUUUCUUGGAAAAAAUGUAUUAUUUUUAUUAUAAAUAAAAUGGAAUUUAUAUAUACAACACCCCCCCAAAAAUUGGGUCCACACAUGCUAGAAAUAGCCGUGUUUCCGCUGAGUACUUUUUGGAAAAAGGCUGUGGGUUUUUUGGCUCCGCCCACUAGUUAUUUCCCCACGGCCUCUGUUCCCAUACAGGUACUUUUGAAACGGCUGAACAACGGAAUCCGAAUGUGACAACAGACCGACGCAGCAAGCAGUGUUGCCAACUUAGAGACUUUGUCUCUAUAUUUACCCACUAUUCAGACCCUCUAGUGACUCUUUUUUUAAAAAGUGAAUAGCAACAAAUCUAGCGACUUUUUCUGGUGUUAUUGGAGACUUUUGGAGACUCAUUCCUACUCUUCUUCACGAGAAGCAGGCGCCGUCCCAAUGCACUCACAAGCGGCCCAGUCCUCCUGCAGCAGUCUCUCCAAGCUGCAGUCACACAUGCGCAAAGUCGCUGCCUCGACCGUAUCCAAUCAGCAUGGAAUAGUUCGUAGCAGCUCAGUAGGUACUUUCUGGGCGACUGUGGCUCAGUUGGUAGAGCAGUCGCCCAUUGAUCGGUAGGUUGGUGGUUCGAUCUCUGACCAUGGUAGCCUACAUGUCAAAGUAUCCUUUAGCAAGAUACUGAACCCCAAAUUGCUCCCGAUGCUGCGUUCAUCGGUGUGUGAAUGAAUUCCCACUGGUGGCAGGCGGCACCGUUUAGAGUAGCCUCUGCCACCAGUAUGAAUGUGUGUGUGAGCGCAGUCUGUAGUGUAAAGAGCUUUGGAUGGAAGCGCUAUAUAAGUGCAGUCCAUUAAAACCAGCCACGACAUAAAAAUAAGGGGGAAAAACAGACAAAAGAGGGCACCAAUAUAAAUAAAUUACCACCUAAAUAAAAAGUGUUUUAUGUUAUCUGUCCAUGACUUGUGAGACAGGACUCAUGAAUUUCAUUCUUACUUAAGAGAAAAUUCUGACAGUAUUUCUGAAUGCAACACGUUUGAGAUGUUCCUGCAUGAGGCCUGAUGUGGACAACACAAUUCAUAAAUCAUGAGACGUGAUUCAGAGUCGAGGUUUAAAAACAUGUUUGUUUACAAGAGUCUUUUCACUCACACAGGGUUCAAUGUAAAAUAUUAUUAAAGUUCAUUUCAGUGUGUCGUGGAGCACCUGUAAAUUAAUUCAACUUCACAACACAAGACUGAAUGUGUGUGAAUGUGAGUGAGUGCAUGUGUUUGUGUGUGUAAAUAAGCCUCAGUGGGACUGUGCCAGUGUACAGUGUGUGUGUGUGUGUGUGUCCCUCUUUGUGCACAGUGUGAUCAUGUUAAUGUUGUCAGUAGUGAUAUAAAAUGGAAGUUAAGCUAAAAUAACAUUGUACUGUAAGUUGUGUUUUCCAGUUGAUUUGUAUAAAUGGCACUGAUUGAUAUUAAACUGAUUUCUGUGAUUUUA